AUGGCCCAACAGGAAGUGGUAGAAGGAAGAGCACAACUUGUGUCUGAAAUCGAGACCUCACUGGAGCAAGUCUCCGUAUGGGGCCGACAAAAUCUUGUCCGCUUUAACCCCACAAAGACACAAGUUUGCGCGUUCUCCGCUAAGAAAACUCCAUUUGUUAUAGCGCCUAAGUUCCAAGGCACUCCCCUCCACCUCACCUCUAAUAGUAUAGGCAUCCUUGGCGUCGACAUCUCGAACGAAGUCCAGUUUCGGGGUCAUUUGGAGAAUAAAGCCAAAAUGGCUUCUAAAAAGAUUGGUGUGCUCAACAGAGCGAAGCGGUGUUUCACAUCGGGGCACCGGCUUUUGCUAUACAAAGCUCAGGUUCGGCCCCAUAUGGAAUACUGCUCGCACCUCUGGGCUGGAGCACCUAAGUAUCAGCUUGAUCCACUUGACUCCAUCCAACGUCGGGCUGUUCGAAUUGUCGACGACCCUAUGCUUACAGACGGUUUAGAGCCCCUUAGUUUGCGGAGAGAUGUUGGCUCUCUAUGUGUGUUCUACCGUCUAUGUAUGUCGGAUGGAGAAGAAAAGUAG